GCGGCGGCGGUUGCCAUGGCACCGCCGGGUCGCACAGCCCUGGAAAGGGAAGAUGGCGGUACCGGGCUGGCUGGAGAGAUUGCGGGCGGCGGAGAAGACGGCCCUGUUGCAGGACGGAAGGAGGAAAGUGCAUUACCUGUUCCCUGAUGGAAAGGAGAUGGCUGAAGAGUAUGAUGUCAAAACCAGUGAACUACUAGUUAGAAAGUGGCGGGUAAAGAAUGCUCUAGGAGCUGUGAGCCCAUGGCAGACAGAAGUGGGAGAGCCAACAGCCUCUGCAGGUGGAGUCCUGGGAUCAGAGCUCAUCAAGGAAAGCAGUUCUAACCCUAUCUUCAUGCGGAAGGACACAAAAAUGAGUUUUCAGUGGCGGAUUCGUAAUCUUCCCUAUCCUAAGGAUGUCUAUAGUGUCUCCGUGGACCAGAGUGAGCGCUGCCUCAUUGUCCGGACCACCAACAAAAAGUACUACAAGAAAUUCUCCAUUCCUGACAUGGACCGAUACCAGCUUCCUCUGAACAGCUCUGCAUUGAACUUUGCCUAUGCCAACUGUACUCUAAUCAUUACUUACCAAAAGCCAAAAGAGGUCCUAGAUGCAGAGGAAGAGUUGCAGAGAGAGCUGAAGAAGGUAAAGACAGCCAAUGGCCAGAAUGGGGACUGUAAGACCCAGUAACCAGAUCACCUUGUCUACAGACUUUCUAGCUCGUGGAUACGGGCCAUUUCAACAAAGGUUUCUGAUGACCAGGCCUUGCCUUUGCCCUUAACCUGAACGAAGACUUGGAAGGAUUUCAGGAUUUAUUAUACUUGCAGAUAAAAUGAGCCCUGGAGACAGGCCCUGACUUAAAAAAUGGUUCCUCCCAGGUCAUAUAGGUUUGCUAAUUUCCUGAGUAAAGCUGAUUUGCUACCCUUA